AUGGUUGAUCCAAGGGAAAAUGUAAGUGCAAUCUUGCUGAAGAGUGGCAAGAAAGUUGAAAUUUCAAGGGGAACCCCUACAUCAUUGGAGCAAGAAAAGAAGAAAGAUGUCCUUGAAGAAAAGAGUGUUCCCAAUGACAAUGGCGUACCUAAGCCCAAGUUUUCACCCAUUUCUGCGUAUGAACCGGCACCUCCUUUCCCUCAAGCUUUAGUAGAACCCAGGAAAGAUGAACAUAAUCAUGAACUUUAUGAAGCUUUCCGUAAAUGUAAGAAACUUAAAAGGUGUGAAAAGAUAAACGUAGGAGAAAAUAUUUCUGCAAUCAUUCAAAGAAAUCUCCCUACAAAGUGCAAAGAUCUAGGCAUGUUUAGCAUCCCUUGCACGAUAGGUAACACUAGGUUUGAAAAGACCAUGUUAGACUGA